AUUCGUAAGCAGAUGGCCAAUGCCAAGAUCGUUCGAACUCUCAAAUGAGUUGAAUCUGGAUGAGGCUCAUAAAUGAGGUCACUGCCUCUGAGGGUACCAGACCCACCGAAGAAAGCCCGUGGUCGAUCGUGUUCUAGACCAUUUUGAAACCGACUGAGGUUCGAGCUAGUGGAGGCACUGCCACACGGAGGCAAUCACGAUCAUUGCAGGUGACGUCACUCUGUGCGUUGUGCCUUGAGAGACCCUCUGCACUCCACCGUGUCUGCGCGCUAUCUACACUAGUGUCUGAUUCUUCUCUGUGAUGGAAUUGACCUCGUUUCUGCUGGCGUCAUAAGUCGGCAGUGACCUCAACGUGGAGUGCGCAGGGAUGCCACUAUAAAAGAGGAAUGAGAUAUCGCCAAGGGUCUACAUCAUUACGAGCUUUGCACACGAGUCCUCCUCACGAACUCCUCACGAAUUCAUCCUAAAUCCCUCCUCAAGAGACCAUGGCCGGAUACCACCCCCUCCUGUUCACUCUCAUCGCUCUCGUCGCCAUGGCUGAGCUGGGCCUGUCCGCCUACUGGGUUCAUAUCGUCCAGCAUCAAGUCUCUAGCCGGUUCAAGUCUCUUGUGAUCCUCCUCUUGUUUAACAGCUGCUGGACGACUCUCUUUGCCGGCGCAUAUGUUUUCUUCAUUCUCGACGGUGCGCUGCAUGAGCUCGCAUCCAUCGGCUCGUCGUCAAUCUGGCUUGCCAUCACCGCCAUCCUUUGGGGUGUCGCAGCCGGCCUAUUCCACCCUGUUCGCGGGGGAGGCAGCUGCAACGGUGAAGCCGUCUUGUCGUUUUGUCGUCAAACGCUUGCCCUGGAGGCCAUUGCCUGGACCGAGAUGGGCCUCUGCAUCUUGACGAUUCUUGCUGCCUGCUUCUGGGCUCGCUCGUCCCGUCGCAGCUACGUCAGUGUUGCAUCUUGCCUCAAUCCAUUACUCUUCACUAAAUCGUCCUCAGCGCGGAAGUUAUUACGUCUGAACAAGACGAUCUCAUUUACCCGGUGCUUAUCUGCUUUGCACUACUCACGUAUUCACGAUCUAUCACCUCCGAACUUAGUAUCUCGCAGCAUUAUACCUCACUUGUAAUAACUGAAGCUGCAGAAUAAUGAUUUGUUUAUUGGUUUUA